AAAAUAGCGAGGACUCACUUAACUGAAAAAUUGAAAAUAAAAAGAGAAAAAUUAAAAGCAGAGAAGAUGGCUCGCGGGGGCCGCUUUGAAGAGAGAGAAAAACAGAAAAAGAAAUUCAAUUCCAAAGAAAAGAAAAGAACAUUAGAGAGAGGAAAAAAGAGGCUAAGGCCAUGAGAGACACGAAAAUGGUGGUCGAAGAGAGGAGGAUCCUCUGGGAUCAUCCUUGGAAAGGGCAGUAAUUGAAAAAAAAAUAUAUCUUCAUUGCUAGAGUUAUUGCAAAGUUUAAAUUUUUCUUUGCUGCCUUUGUGUCUCAGCUCAUCAACUCACCGUCGCCACCCCCACCCCCACCUUUUCUUUUUGUUUGUUUUGAUAUUUGCAUUUUUGCCACCACCUUCAAAAGAGAGACCUUAGUCAUUUUUUGUGGAUAUUUUCAGCUGCUGUUGUUGAGUUGAGACACAAUAGGAGGGAAGAUCUUUUUUUUUCAGAGGACUAUGUACAUUUCAACGAAAAGGGUGCUGUGAAAUCAAUUUAAUAAAAAGGAAUGAAAGACCCUGAUGUUAUCAUCACUGGAAGCAAAGUCUUUGGAUUUGAAAUUACAGUGACAUUAAGAUAGGUUUUCCAUCGUAGUCAGGAAAUUUAUUUCGCGUUUGCAGAACAAAAUAUAGUUGUUUUUUUGUUGUUUGUAUUGGUUUGAAGGGGUUGUUUAACAUAAAAAAACCUGGCGAUUUUGAAUACCAUCCACUACUGCAUUUGGUUCGUCAAGAAAUGGUGGGUAGAUGGACCCCUAUUGGAUUCGGUUUACUGCUCUUCUUGGUUUUGAUUGUGAGUGUUAAAAUUCAAGGGUCUUGGUCUCUCAAUGCGGAUGGAUUGGCUCUGUGGGAAUUCCGGACAAGGGUGAAUGAGGAUCCUUAUGGUGCCUUUACCUAUUGGAGUCAAAAUGAUCGCACUCCUUGCUUGUGGUUUGGUGUUCAUUGUCACAACGGUAAAGUGAUAAUGCUGGAUUUGAAAGAGCUGUAUUUGGAAGGAACAUUAGCUCCUGAGCUUGGGAAGCUUAGAAACUUAAAAAUUCUUAUACUCAACAAAAACCGUUUCUCUGGUGCCAUUCCAAAAGAGUUUGGAGAACUUACAAAGCUGGAGCUUUUGGAUUUGAGGAAUAAUAAGUUGAGUGGAACAAUUCCAGUGGAAGUAGGCAGGAUGCCGUCACUAAAACGCGUGUUGCUUUGCAAUAAUAACUUUGAAGGCAGCAUUCCUCUGGAACUCACAAAGCUGAACUUACUCACUGAACUGCAAUGUGAUGAAAAUCUUACAUCUUCUGUUUUUGCUGGAAAUGGAUGUGUAAAUAGGAAGUUUAGACAAUGGUUGAAGCUUGGAAAGGACUCUCUGGAUACUCAUGGAGAUCGUUGCUGCACUUACCUGCCUGGUUCAUCUGAGACACAUAUGGUUUGGUAUAUGCAGAAUCUUGUCAAUAUUGCACGUCGUAAGCUAUACGACCAGUCCAGCAACCUCCCUGCUGCACCUGCCAUUGGUGGGCCUUCUUCCGACCAAAUCAUUGCUCUUCCAACUGCCCGAAGUAGUGGAACUUUUCCUGCUGUACCAAAUGCCAAAAAGAAACAAUAUCCUUCACCUGCACCGCAGCCUUCAGAUGCUGGUGAAGGUUCUCCCUCUCCGAGUGAUAUGACAACUAAUCAGCCUUCCUCGAGCCUUCUGUCUCCAUCGACCACUACAGGAUCUUCACAUUCCAGUGGGAGUGUAUGGAGGUUUGUUUAUAUUGUUCCUAGUGGAGCAGCUUUAUUCAUAUUUGCUGCUGCCAUGUUCUUCAUGUGCCGUACCCAAGCAGUAAAAACGGUCCGUCCGUGGAAGAUUGGACUAAGUGCACAGUUGCAGAAAGCAUUUAUUACAGGGGUUCCAAAGCUUAAUCGAUCAGAGCUGGAUACAGCUUGUGAAGAUUUCAGUAAUAUUAUUGACACCAUUGACGGUUGCAUUAUGUACAAGGGAACACUUUCCAAUGGCGUUGAGAUAGUCGUUGCAUCAACCACAAUCACUUCUUCCAAAGACUGGCCAAAGUGCUCACAGAUGUUUUACCAGAAACAGAUAGGUACAUUGUCACGGAUUAACCAUAAGAACUUUGUCAAUCUCAUUGGCUACUGUGAGGAGGAUGAACCUUUCUAUAGGAUGAUGGUUUUUGAAUAUGCUCCAAAUGGGACUCUCUUUGAGCAUCUACACAUUGAAGGAAUGGAACAUCUUGACUGGAAUGCAAGAAUGAGGAUUAUUAUGGGAACAGCUUAUUCUCUUCAGUACAUGCACCAUGAUCUGGAUCCACCGGUAGCACAUGCCAAUUUAACUUCAAGUUGUGUCUUUUUGACAGACGAUUAUGCCGCUAAGGUAGCAGAGACAACUUUUUCUUCACAAACUGUACUCCAGUCAAAGGUCUCAGGUGAAGUUAAUGAAGGGAAAUCUGAAUUGCCGCCUCAGUCUGAUCCAGAAACUAACAUAUACAGCUUUGGCAUAUUAUUGCUUGAACUCCUUUCUGGAAAGCUCCCAUACUCAGAUGAACACGGGUCGAUAGAGCGAUGGGCUGCUGAAUAUUUGGAUGACAAGGAGAGCUUCAGCUACUUGGUUGAUCCAAUCCUCACCUCUUUCAAAGACGAUGAACUUAAUGUCAUCUGUGAUGUAAUCAAGGACUGCAUCCAACCAAAUCCUCAGCAUAGACCAACGAUGAGGGAUAUUGUCGCCAAAUUAAGGAAAGUGAUUAACAUCUCACCUGAUCAAGCCACCCCAAGACUUUCUCCCCUCUGGUGGGCUGAACUUGAGAUCCUAUCCGCAGAGGCAACUUAAGUUCUGUCUUCUCUCUUCUCUCUUCUCUGUGCUGUAAAAAUCUCCAAUUAACUUUGAGUCUAAAUACAAACAGUAGCUUUUUACGCAGCAAUCCCACCGACACAAACAUCGCUGCCAAUUCUUGUUUAUCAAUCUUUUCUGGUCUUCAUGAUUUCAUAUAUACAUAUAACAUAUUAUAUAACGUCCUAUGAUUAAUUCAUUCUUUUCCAUCUCCAUUUCUUCCCUCCAUUUCUGUAUAGCUUUCCAUUAGAGUAAGUGUGAUCAGUUUGUGCUCCUUGUAUAUACUAGGCAUAUGUAUUUUGUGUGACGUAAAGAACUAAGCACCGGGAUUGAAGUUUAAUAUAGGUAAUAAUGAUAAUGUGUUUAAGUG